AUGCCCUUGUGCGGUAAAAACGAAAUCAAAUCAGCAAACCGAAAGCUAGUUGUUUGUGGAGAUGGCGCCUGUGGAAAGACAUCCUUACUAAAUGUCUUUACUAGAGACUACUUCCCUCAGGUUUACGAGCCCACCGUAUUUGAAAACUAUGUGCAAGAAAUCACAGUAGAUCAGCAAACAAUUGACCUUUCGCUCUACGAUACAGCAGGCCAAGAAGAGUUUGAUAGAAUUCGCUUGCUGUCAUAUGAGAAUACACACGUAUUCAUGUUGUGUUUCUCGGUGGAAAACCGAGAUUCAUUUCAAAACAUACCUGACAAGUGGCUGGAAGAGGUGACAGAGCAUGGAGGACCACAAGCUAAAUUAGUGUUGGUUGCCUUGAAAUGUGAUUUGAGAGAGGAGAAGAGGAACACAAUUUUGUAUGAAGAGGGGUUGGAAAUGGCGAAAAACAUCAAUGCGGUACGAUAUUUAGAAUGUUCUGCCAAGCAUAAACGUGGUGUCAAAGAAUGCUUUCAAGAAGCAGCCAAAGUAGCACUUUCAGUAAAACUGAGCUCUUCUUCACAUGACCGCAAAGGCAAAUGCAUUUUACUCUAG